CUCUCGUCGCCGCGCCAGCUCACGGUGGAGAAGACCCCCGCCUACUUCACGUCGCCCAAAGUGCCUGAGCGCGUCCAUGGCAUGAACCCGGGCCUGCGGCUGCUGCUCAUCCUGCGCGACCCGUCAGAGCGCGUGCUGUCCGACUACACCCAGGUGUUCUACAACCACGUGCAGAAGCGCAAGCCCUACCCGUCCAUCGAGGAGUUCCUGGUGCGCGACGGCCGGCUCAACGUGGGCUACAAGGCGCUGAACCGCAGCCUCUACCACGUGCACCUGCGCAACUGGCUGCGCUUCUUCCCGCUGCGCCGCAUCCACAUCGUCGACGGCGACCGCCUCAUCAGGGACCCCUUCCCCGAGAUCCAGAAGGUCGAGCGGUUCCUGAAGCUGUCGCCGCAGAUCAACGCCUCGAACUUCUACUUUAACAAAACCAAGGGUUUUUACUGCCUGCGCGAUGGCGGCCGGGACCGCUGCUUGCACGAGUCCAAAGGCCGGGCGCACCCCCAGGUGGACCCCAAACUCCUCAGUAAACUGCACGAAUAUUUUCACGAGCCAAAUAAGAGGUUCUUCGAGCUGGUCGGCAGGACAUUUGACUGGCACUGAUUUGCAAUAAGUUAGGCUCGGAAACUUUCCUGUUGUAAGUUCUGGUGUACAUCUGGGGGAGAGAAAAAAACAGAAGAAUUUUAAAAGGGCAUUUAAGCUAUAAUUUAUUUGUAAAAUCCAUAAAUUACUUCUGUACAGUAUUAGAUUCACAACUGCCAUAUAUACUGGCUAUAUUUUUCUACUUGGUAAAUUGAGGGCAUUUUGUAUUGUUUUUCAUGGUUGUUAACAUUGUGUAAUAUGUCUCUAUAUGAAGGAACUAAACUAUUUCACUGAAAAAAAAAAUACCCAAAACCUGGAGACCCUGUCUUUUUUGAAUAUAAUUAACUUGCCCCGACUCAAAAUAGCUGUCUGUGUUAUAUUCAUUGCAGGAUCUAUAUAUUCCUUUGUUACCUUAAAAAGAAAUGUUUUUCUCGCCCUCUCUUUUCUUCAUUGUUCUUUUUCAUUUUUAAUGUCUCGCUGUGAUCAUCAGAUUUAUUUUUUACUUGCAUUGUGAGAUUUGUCUUCACUGAAAUCUCCUGGUAUUCUCUAGAGGUUUCAGGUUCACCCCUUUUUGACAUCUGCAGGUCCCGGAGUGUGGAUUUUAACCCCCUACUGUAGGCUCCACGUGGACGGAGCAAUAUUAAGACUGGAGAAGGCGUUCAUACUCACAAGAGGCUCCCCAUUACACAUCUCUGCCUCAGAGAAUGCUUGCAUCCAUUUCUGAUCUCAGCCACGGGCAAAACCAACACAAUAAAGGGUAUUAAACCGUUGGCCUUCA